AUGGCUGAGAAACCCGUCGACGACGUCCAGGGGACCUCUGACUGCAAAGAGAAUGCAGCGGGGGGCUUCAAAGACAACGAGCCAGGGCAGCCGGACUUUGACGCUGCCGAGGAGAGAGCCGUCGUGAAGAAACUCGACCGGGUCAUUCUCCCCAUCAUGGCGGUCGUCUACUUUUUCCAGUACCUCGACAAGCAGAGCAUCAACUACGCGGCAGUCUUUGGGCUCUCGGAGGACUUGAGGCUGACCGGGAGCCAGUUCUCCUGGUGUGUCUCGCUCUUCUACUUUGGCCAACUCUGCUCCGAAUAUCCAGCCGCGUACCUGAUGAGCCGGUUGCCCAUUGUUCGGUUUGUCGGUGUCACAAUUGUGCUCUGGGGCGCGGUGGAGAUGUGCCUGGGCGCCUCCCAGAACUUUGCCAGCUUGGGAGCGAUUCGCUUCUUGCUGGGGUUCACCGAAGGCGCCGUUUCGCCUUCCUUCAUGAUCAUCACUAGCAAUUGGUACAAGAGAGCCGAGCACCCCGUCAGAGUCGCCACGUGGGUUUCCAUGUUUGGCGUAUCCCAAAUCGUCGGUGCCCUGUUGAUGUACGGCAUCGGCAGUGGCGUCCACACGAUUGCGACCUGGAGGGUCCUGUUUAUGGUCUGCGGAGGCUGCACCAUUGCCGCUGGCAUCCUCUUCAUCUUUGGCAUGCCGGGCGACACCAAGAGCGCGUGGUUCCUCAAUGAACGAGAGCGUCACGUCGCCACCCAGCGUCUGGCCCUCGACCGAGCCACUCGUGACCGGGCCCAUUUCGACAUGGCCCAGGCAAGAGAAGCCCUAAGGGAUCCGCGGACCGCUCUCUACGCGUUGAUGGCGCUGUUCAUCACCCUUCCCACGCCCAUCUUCUCGUCUCUGGUCAUCAACGGCUUCGGCUACAGCAAGUUCGAGACCAUGCUGGUCGGUCUGCCCAGCGGGGCUGUUGCCUUCAUUCUGGUCUGGGUUGGCGCCCUGGGACCCCGUUUCCUGCCCAACACACGCUGCUUCUUCGGCAUGUUUCUGGCGGCCGUGCCGUUGCUGGGAAGCUUGCUGCUUGUGGUUCUGCCGGCGAACCUCAAAUGGGGUAUCGUCGCGAGCACUUGGCUCGCCGGCAGCACCGCUCCCCCUCUCGGCCAGGUUGUUGGUCUGAUGGCGUCCAACAUCAAGGGCAAUACCAAGAAGUCGGUGGUGAGCGCCAUCUUCUUCAUCUUCUACUGCAUUGGCUGCAUUGUCGGCCCGCAGCUCUGGCAGAAACAAGACGCGCCUCGUUACACCAAAGGUUGCAUUACCAGCAUUGUGAGCUUCUGCUGUCUCAUCGUCGCUUUCUUCGUUCACUACUUUACCUCCAAGGUCUCCAACAGCAAGAGAGACAAGCUGGUGACUCAAUCGGGGGCCAACUACGACGAGGGCAUGGAUAGCGAUUCAGACUUGACGGAGCGCCAAGACAAGGGUUUCAGGUACACUCAUUAA